AUGAAUAAAAGUUUAACCAUCGGACUUAAACUUAUAUUCCCCAGCCUAUCUAUCUAUCUAUCUAUCUAUCUAUCUAUCUAUCUAUCUAUCUAUCUAUCUAUCACGAUCCAUACAUUAUCUAUCUAUCUAUCUAUGGGCAUCUAUCUAUCUAUCUAUCUAUCUAUCUAUCUAUCUAUCUAUCUAUCUAUCUAUCUAUGUCCAUUUCUAUCUAUCUAUAUCAGCCGGUUCAUUUCUAUCUAUCUAGCUAUCUAUGUCCAUUUCUAUCUAUCUAUAUCAGCCGGUUCAUUUCAUUCUAUCUAUCUAUCUCUCUAUGUCUGUCCAUUUCUAUCUAUCUAUAUCAGCCGGUUCAUUUCUAUCUAUCUAUCUAUCUAUCUAUCUAUCUAUCUAUCUAUCUAUCUAUCUAUCUAUCUAUGUCUGUCCAUUUCUAUCUAUCUAUAUCAGCCGGUUCAUUUCUAUCUAUCUAUCUAUCUAUCUAUCUAUCUAUCUAUCUAUCUAUCUAUCUAUGUCUGUCCAUUUCUAUCUAUCUAUAUCAGCCGGUUCAUUUCUUUCUUUCUUUCUAUCUAUCUAUCUAUCUAUCUAUCUAUGUCUGUCCAUUUCUAUCUAUCUAUAUCAGCCGGUUCAUUUCUUUCUUUCUAUCUAUCUAUCUAUCUAUCUAUCUAUCUAUCUAUCUAUCUAUCUAUCUAUCUGUCCAUUUCUAUCUAUCUAUAUCAGCCGGUUCAUUUCUUUCUUUCUAUCUAUCUAUCUAUCUAUCUAUCUAUCUAUCUAUCUAUCUAUCUAUCUAUGCCUGUCCAUUUCUAUCUAUCUAUAUCAGCCUGUUCAUUUCUUUCUUUCUUUCUUUCUUUCUUUCUUUCUUUCUUUCUAUCAAAAUCAAUCUAUCUAUCUGAUUCUGUUAAUAACUAUAUAUUUUAUCCUGUUGAUAUCUAUCUAUCUAUCUAUCUAUCUAUCUAUCUGGUUCUGUUGAUACCUAUCUCUCUAUUUUAUCCUGUUGAUAUCUAUCUAUCUAUCUAUCUAAUGCUGUUGAUAUCUAUCUAUCUAUCUAUCUAUCUAUCUAUCUAUCUAUUUUAUGCUGUUGAUAUCUAUCUAUCUAUCUAUCUGAUUCUGUUGAUACCUAUCUCUCUAUUUUAUGCUGUUGAUAUCUAUCUAUCUAUCUAUCUAUCUAUCUAUCUAUCUAUCUAUCUAUCUAUCUAUCUGAUUUUGUUGACAUCUAUCUAUCUAUCUAUCUAUCUAUCUAUCUAUCUAUCUAUCUAUCUAUCUGAUUUUGUUGACAUCUAUCUAUCUAUCUAUCUGAUUUUGUUGACAUCUAUCUAUCUAUCUGAUUUUGUUGACAUCUAUCUAUCUAUCUAUCUAUCUAUCUAUCUAUCUAUCUGA